CUCUACGAACUGCAAAGUGCGAAGGCCGAAGCGGAAGUGCGAACUCCGAGUCUCCGACCAGCGACUGGCGACCUGCGGGCUGCGUUUCGGCCUUCUCCCAGUCUGGCAGUCUCCCUACUCCGGACGGGGGCUGUUUAACCUGCCAGACCGUCGGACCAUGGGUUGGGUUGUGAAAUUCUAACCAGUAUAAGAAAUGGGCUACGCUAGACAGUUUUAACAGUUCUAGUCAUCAAAUAUACCUUUAUGAAAGUUUGUAGGAGCUGUUCUAUGCUUGCUUGCGUUGUACGAUCCUAGAACGCCAUGGCCCAAUCGACGUCCCUUCUUUUACUGGGACUUGCAGGGAGAAGAAGCUUACGGAAUCUCUACCUUGCCCAUACAAGAAUCACUUCUCUGUCCUUCAACCACAACCACACUCAACAAAGAGCAUUAUCCAACUCGCAUUCACUAAACGGCGAAGAUCCAAUCUUGCCCGUUCUGAUAAUCGGUGCCGGCCCAGUUGGGCUCGCUCUCUCUAUACUCCUCACCAAAUUGGGUGUGAAAUGUGCAGUCUUGGAGAAGAGCAAGGUCUUUCCUACCCACCCUCAAGCUCACUUUAUUAACAAUCGAUCAAUGGAGGUGUUUCGCAAAAUGGAUGGUCUAGCAGAAGAGAUUCUGAGUUCUCAACCACCAGUAGAGUUUUGGAGGAAGUUCAUAUACUGUACAUCUCUCACGGGUCCUAUUCUUGGCUCAGUUGAUCAUAUGCAACCCGAAGAUUUCGAUCAUAUUGUGAGCCCUGUCUCUGUUGCACACUUCUCACAGUACAAACUGACCAGAUUGAUGCUUAAGCAGCUAAAGGAACUUGAUUUUCAUAUCAGGAACUAUGAAGGGUUUGGCAUGCAUGAUGGCUUUAUUUCGGAGAAGCAGCUCCUUAUGGGGCAUGAGUGCGUAGCAAUAAAUCCUGGCAAUCAUUUUAUUACUGUGACUGCAUCUUUCCCUGGGGAAGGAAAGUCUACAGAGAGAAGUAUCCGGUGUCAGUUCCUUGUUGGUACAGAUGGUGCUGGAAGUACAGUCAGAAAUCUUAUGGGAAUAAAUAUGAAAGGGGAAAAGAACUUGCAAAAACUUAUCAGUGUCCACUUUAUGAGCCAAGAACUGGGGCAAUAUCUCAUUAAUGAGAGACCUGGGAUGCUGUUUUUCAUAUUUAAUGAAAAAGCUAUUGGUGUUCUUGUAGCCCAUAAUCUUGAGCAGGGGGAAUUUGUGUUGCAGAUACCGUUUUAUCCACCUCAGCAAAGGCUUGAGGACUUCAGCUCUGAGAUGCAUAAAAUAAUUUUCGAGCUGGUAGGUAAAGAGCUUGCAGACGUCAAAGUGAUGGACAUAAAGCCCUGGGUAAUGCAUGCUGAAGUUGCUGAGAAGUUUCUGUCGUGUGGCAACAGAAUAAUUCUUGCUGGGGAUGCUGCACACCGUUUUCCUCCUGCUGGAGGUUUUGGAAUGAAUACCGGUAUUCAAGAUGCUCAUAAUAUUGCCUGGAAAUUAGCUUUGGUUAGCAAGGGUAUUGCUCCUGCAUCAUUUCUUUCCACUUAUGAAGCAGAACGUAAACAGAUUGCAACUUUUAAUACAAUGCUUAGUGUCCAAAACUUUAAAGCUGCAAUGAGAGUUCCUGCUGCACUUGGUCUUGAUCCAACUAUUGCAAAUGCAGUACAUCAAGCUCUUAAUGACACCAUUGGUUCCAUUUUACCAUCUGGAGUACAAAAGACUAUUUUAGAUGGAAUUUUUAGCAUAGGCCGUGCACAGCUUUCUGAUCUUGUUUUAAAUCCGAAUAAUCCGCUUGGAUCUGCUAGGCUUGCCAGACUAAAAGAAAUAUUCGAGGAAGGACAGAGCCUUCAGCUCCAGUUCCCUGCUGAGGAUCUUGGUUUCAGGUACCUCAAAGGAGCAUUGGUGUCUGAUGGUGAUAAUCUGUUGCAUGAACCCGAAGCACCCACAGGACGAAGGAGGGACUUUGUGCCCUCAGCAGAUCCGGGAUCAAGGUUGCCACACAUAAAUGUUAGACCAUUUUCAAAUCCACCUAGCAAGGAAACGUUUUCUACAUUGGACCUUGUAUCAGCAGAGAAGGUCGAGUUUGUUCUCAUUAUAGCACCAGUGGACUCAUCCUACCAUCUGGCUCUGGGGGCAUUCCAGGUUGCUGAGGAAUGUAAAGUUCUUUUAAAGGUAUGCGUGAUGUGGGCAGGAGAAACUAUUGCGGGACCCAACAGAAGCAAAGCUGCAUUGUUACCUUGGGAGAAUUUCGUAGAUGUUUUGGAAGUUAAGAGAGCACCAAAUUCGUCGUCUUGGUGGGAUGUCUGCCAGAUGACAGACAGGGGAGCCAUUUUAGUGAGGCCCGACGAGCAUAUUGCCUGGCGCACAAAGUCACAACUUGCUGCUGAUGCCACAACUGAGAUGAGAAAAGUUUUUCGCACCAUCCUUGGAUCUCAAUGACAGAUGAUGAUACAUACUCCCUAGUCCCUCCCAUUUUUUUUUUUCUUCCAAGUAAAUAUCAUAAAUAGUUUCAUUUUCUUGUAUUACCAUUCUAAUUAAAGCUGGAAAAGUUGUGUACUUUCUAUGGGCAAUCAGAAGAGGAAAAAUAUGUAGUUUUCCUUAAAUAUCCGAGUCUACAAGGAAAAUAAGACACCUAUUUUGAGGGAUUA